UUACAUAACUUAGAGAUUAUUUUCUACCAAAUGGAGAGAGAAAUUUUCUUUGGUAAAAACAAAGUUGGGGUUUAAUGUGAAAUUCAUACCAAUAAUUAUCAGGAAUAAAUUCCAUUUUAUCGAAAUAUGAAUUCGUGUUUUGCAAAGAAACCCCUCGUCUCGGCUCCCUCACUCCCUCCCUCCCCUCCCCUCUCCCCUCUUCGUCUCCGGCUCCGGCGAGCCUCCUCCCCCCGCGAGCGCGGCGGUGUGUACGGCUUCCUCUCGCCCGGCCCUAUCAUCCUCGCCCACACCGUAGGCAAGCCGGUCUGGAGCCAGGGGGCGGCGAGGCGACGAAUAGAAUCCAAGGUAUUUCCUCCGUCCUCCGGUCUUCCCUCGCCUCCUCCGCAGACACAACCGCCGUGGUGCCGCGUGUGGCCGAGACUGGAGAUCCCCCCGCCCCCUCCCCGUCGGGGGCUUGGGUUGAGUUCUUGCCCUCCAAUUAGGUUAGGCCAUCCAGCUUCGUCCCAAAUAUCAUUUCUUUGAGGCUCAAACAAAUAAAAGAUAGUGCAUUUUCUUUGAUGCGUGAGCCGCAGCGAUGAUGAUGGAGGGUGCGAGGACGGAGGGUGAUGAGCUUAUUGCCGACUAUGUCGAUUGCCUCAUGUCCCUGGACUCUCGGCCUGGCCAGAAUGAUAGCCUGAUUCUAGAAGGAGCUCCUCCUGAUGUGGAGGCCGUCUCUCUCAACGCCGUCGCGGAGCAGGAUGUGAUGAGGGAGUUUGCUCCUGCUGAUGCUGAUGAUCCUAAUGAGCCAGUGCUCGGCAUGACUUUCGAGUCCGACGAGGCCGCCAAGAUGUUCUACCAUGAGUACGCCAGGCGGCUUGGGUUCCCCUUCCGCGUCGGCCGGUCACGCCGCUCCAAAGGCGUGGAGGAGGUUGUCAUCAUGAAGAGGUUUGUUUGCUCGAGGGAAGGGGUGUACAAGAAGAAGCAGCCGCCGUCCGGUGAGGCUACGAGCAAGCGUGAGAGGAUGUCGAUGCGCGAGGGCUGCAAUGCCAUGAUGGAGGUGGUCAGGGAGAAGGACCAUUGGGUUGUUUCCAAGCUUGAGAAGGCUCACAACCAUUGCCUUGGCCUCGGUACAAGAGUUGGGUAUCUUCGUGCCAGAGGUUUACCUGAUGCCUCCGACAAGGUGACCGCGAUGGUCUCUGAUGGGAUGACCUCUCUUAGGCAGAACAUCCUUGGGGAGGGUGGAGACGGCCAGGGUAUUCUUGAUUAUCUGAAGAAGAUGCAAGCCAAUGACCCUGGCUGUACCCAUGCCAUACAGGUAGACAAGAAUGGUUGUCUGAUGAAUGUCUUUUGGGCUGAUUCUAGAGCUAAAGCAGCCUAUCAACAUUUUGGGGAUGCUGUCACAUUUGACACAACAUACAAGAAGAGCAAGUAUAUGAUGCCCUUUGUCACUUUUUCAGGUGUCAACCAUCAUCUUCAGACUGUAAUGUUUGGUUGUGCGUUUCUUGUAGAAGAAACUGAAUCCUCAUUUUCUUGGCUAUUUGAAACUUGGUUAGCAGCAAUGGGUGGGAAGGCACCAGGAUCAUUAGUCACUGACCAAAAUAGGGCUAUGAAGGCUGCAAUUGGAAAGGUUUUUCCAAACUCCUUUCACCGCUUCUGCAAGUGGUAUAUUUUAAGUAGAACCAAGCAAAAAUUAUGUCAUGCAUACUCUGAGCAUCCAGCACUAAGAGAUGAGCUUGAAAGCUGUGUGAUUGGAUCUGAAACUAUAUCUACAUUUGAAGCAUCGUGGAUGUCAAUCAUUGAGAAAUAUGACUUGAGAAAAAAUACAUGGCUUCAAGCAAUUUACAAUAUACGCCAAAAGUGGGUUCCUUUGUACAUGAUGGAUACAUUUUUUGCAGAAAUAUCCCCCACACAUAAAUUAGAGACCAUGAAUGACUUUUACAAGAAAUACUUCAACACAAAGACAACGCUGGAGGUUUUCCUUAAUCAACUUGAUUUGACCAUGGCAAGCCGAUAUGAAAAUGAAGCACAGGCAGAUAUUGAUACUUGGUUUGAGGCAACUACAAAGACUGCAUGGCCAAUAGAGAAACAGGCAGCAAGCACUUACACAAAAGCAGUCUUCAGUAAGUUUCAAGAAGAGUUCACAGAGUCCUUGGGUUAUAUCAUUCAGAAAACUGAAGAUGGUAGUAUAAGCAAAUUCAGCAUCCGAAAAGAUGAAGAUAAUCCAUCAGAUGUAUUUUGUGUGACUUAUAAUGCUUCCAGUAAGAUGGCAAAGUGUAGUUGCAAGUACUUUGAGUUCUCAGGUAUUUUAUGCCGUCAUAUUCUUGGAGUAUUCGUAAUAGUUGAUCCACGUACACUUCCGCCUGAUUACUUUUUGAAACGCUGGACAAGGAAUGCCAAACAUGAUGAAUUGUCGGAAGAUAACAACAAUAGCCACCAUGAUGCUACUUGUCAAUCCACUGCAAGCCGUUACAAUGUCCUGUGUGCUAAUGUCAUCAGAUGUGCUGAGAAGGGAUCUGUAUCAAAGGCUACGUAUAAAGCAGCAAAAGAUAUCUUACAUAAAGCAUAUGAAGAAAUUAUUUCCUAUGAAAGAAAUCCUGGUAGAGGAUUACAAAGGGAUGCUAUAAACAUUAAUGAGGAUAUCACGAUAGAUGAUGAAAGGAACCUAAUCUUCUAGGCCAGCUUCUUGGCUCCUCUUGGUCUCCAGUCUGAAUGCAUAUCCUUUUGUCUUCUCUUAGAGAUGCAAUGUGAAUUACCACCAUUGCAUGGUUUCAUGGAAUUGGCCAGCGGAUAACAGAAUGUGGACCCAAGAUGAAAAGGAUUUCCACUGAUGGUAAAUGAAAAAAUGUUCAUUAUCACUCAAGGAUUUGGAUCAACAGCAACAAUAUGGGUUGAAACAUGGACACUACCACCCUACUUUGAUCCUUGAUAUCACUGCACCUAUGAGGUUUAUUUCACGAUUAUGGCUAGUUGACAGUUGUUCGUCAGUCUUCAGCCGUUGUGCCCUCCACAUCUCAGAUGUUCAGUUGGUCAGGAGUUUGGACGCAAUCUAACAAUCAAUAUUUCCAAAAAUUGGGAUUAAGAAUUAGCCCUAAAUGGUGGUUGAAUGCAAUUUUCAUGGUGGCAACUGGCAAGGAGGGUUGGGAUUCCUUUGAUGUUAGGGGCUAGAGCAUCCCCAACAACUCAUCUAAAUUUAGUCAUCUAUAUCUUCUGAGGAUCAUGUAAAACAAUUUUUAUCU